CGAAUAUGACAAAUCUGCCAUAUUGAAAUCUGGUGAAGGGUUUGCAGACAACGAUGGUAAGCUGACAGACUUUUACCAUUCAAUCCAUAUUUGAUUUCUUUAUUGAACAGCUCCAUUUAACAUUUUUCUGAUCGAUUUUAUGUUGGGUUAUUUUUUCCUCACAGUCUGCCAUCUUCAACUUUCAAAGUUUGUUAACAGUGGUGCUUUUGUUAAUCUGUACAUGUGCUUACAUUCGAUCGAUUUACCCUGCUCUCUUGGACAAGAAUAAAACCGGGUAAGAAAACUCCUCUGCUUAUGGUAUUGACAUUUCUGAGUAUAAGAUUGCCCUGUUUCACCUCUGUGUUUGGCCUUUUAAUAGUGCACAAUACAGUUCACCACUACAUUACAAGAUUUUUGUGUGAUGACGUGGAAAAAACUACGAUCUACGCCUUUAGCCCCGGAAAUUAAUUGCCUCUUUAGUUCAAUCAAAGUAGGGCGUUUUUCAAAAACUGCAGAUAUAAACCACACGACACACGAUAUAAACCUCUGGUAUAAUUAAUUUUGAGUACCGGUUACACUCUGUAUUGGCCGGUAUGAGUAUGUUGCCUGUCUGGAGGGACUGGGCCCCCAUCACUCCAAAAUCAAGGAAAGGCCAAAAUACCUCAUCCUUGAUUUGGAUGGGCAAGGAGAUGGGAGAGGGGGUCAAAGUUUUCUAUCUAUUUUGUCCCAGAUUGCAAUCACGGACAGAAUAAACUGGAACAGCCAGCAAAUCCCCCUUCCCCCGGAAAUUGAGGAUGAAGCCCUCCAAAGGCCAAAAUGUGCCACUUUCCCAUCCUUGAUUUUGGUGGGUAGGGGAUCUAUUAGAUUGUAGCCUGUGUGACAGGCAUUGCUAAGAGGAGGGGGAGAAGAGAAUUCAUGCAGGCAUGCUAACAUAAUGGGUGCGGAAGGGAGGAGAAGGCUUGCAAGAAAGCCAUUGUUUCUGUCAUUUCCCCAUCAUUAGAUCCACAAAUCUGAGUUAUCUUAAGAAAAGUUGGCAGGUAUAGAAAAUCAUGGUUUGUGAACCACAUCUCGUAUUAUCUUUUCUCUCUUCAGAGAAAUGGGUAAAACAAAACUGCAUUUCUGUCUUUAAUUUGUUUUUAACAGUUAUGGUGUUUUUAAAGAUCCCUUUUUCCUUAUGCAACCAGAUCUUUUAUUCAAUUAGCCAUUUGAGGUCACAUCUGUUUUGUUUUACUGUUGACCUUUGCGUCAGAUUAUUCCACUGCAUGAAUGUCACUACUUUAGUAAUAGAGUGGAAAUUGAAUUGCACUUAUUCUGUACAAAUUAAUAGUCUGAUACAUGUAUCUCAUUCUUCUCCAAGAAAGGCUCACCCAUCAAACUAAGAUGUUGAGCAAAUAUUCAAUAUCCAUUUUUACCAAAUUGCUUACAUAUUCUACAUCAGCCUAGAGUUGUUAGGAUCUCAUCAGGGUGCUAAUUGAGAACCAAUAUUCAAAUUAGCACGGUUAUGAUUUCUACCACUCUGAUGGACACAUAAUUAACAAAUAGCAAUGUGCGUAUGCUACAAAUCUGAGUGUAAAAAAACGGGUCAAACAAUAUGUCCUUGCAGGACUUCCUUUCCCUCUUCCCGCACAUACCCAUUGCAUCACCUUUUGUCUUCCCCUUUAAAUGCCUUACAUUCAGGCCGUCAGUUACUGUAAUCUCUGUAAUAAGCCCCUCCUUUAUAUUAAGCCCCCAUCUUUGUUAAGCCUGUUCCCAUUAAAGGGUAACCAUGGCUGAUUUUUCUUUGUUACACAGCCUGUUGGGAAUAUUCUGGAAGGCUGCAAGAAUAGGUGAGACUGGACUACUGUUAAUUUUUCUUCCUUUAGCCCACCUUAAUAUUUACCAGUUUGCAUCAUUAAUCAAAUGUGUGGUUAAAUGUCAGGUCUCAAUAUUUUUAAGAAAAGGAUUAAAAAAUAUUGUAUUGAUUUAUUGAGGUAAUAUAAUCAUACCAAAGAUAGCCUUUGUAGUUAUCUAAUUGAAACAAGUACAGCCAUUCACAUGUUGAUUAUGUGUUAAUCAUUUUAUACUUUACAGCAGGGGCUCUCCUUGUUAAGCCCAAAAGGGUUUGUGGAGAGUUCCUACUCUACUCUUGCUAUCCUGUUGUGAAAAUGUACCUAUUUAACUGACACAAUUUGUAGCGUGAAAUAAAAGAUUGAUUGAUUGAGGAUGGAUGGAUGUUGGCUGAAAAUUUAGACAUAAUGCAAUUAUUCUUUAUCCUUCUUUAUAUUGUGUUGGAAAUCUUAGUAAAAGGUUACUUCAUUAAACUAUAUUUAAAAAUAAUUUUGAAAAUCAUGAAGAAUUCUGUUUAUGGAGGUUGAUUUAAAUUCAGACUAUUUGGUACCCUUUCCAUACUCUUUUCUGUAGGUGAAAGAAAAAGUCCUUACGUUGCUGUUUGCUGUAUAGCCAUGGCCGCAAGCAUUCUCUUUUGGCAGUGAAGCAGCAAUUUAUUACUUGCAUCUAUCAGUGGAAUCAAUGAAAACGUCAGCAGGAGUAAGAGGAUAAUUACAUAAUAUACAGUAAACCAGGAAGGGGUCAAGCGAGACAAAGUUUAAAUGAAAAUUAUGGAACAUGUAUAUGGACAGUAUUUUUUCAACAUGAAAUCUGCAUUCUACAACUUUGUAAGAUAGUGGUAAACAGUAUUAUUUAUCAGUACAUUGUUUUUGUUUCAAAGAGUAGUGGAAUGAGUAUUUUCAAAUUCAUUCAUUAAACUUUUUUGCGGACUUGAUAUAUUAUAGGCCAAGCUGUUUUUUGAUUGCUCAAGCUUUAGUUUGGGUUGAAAUAUGAAAAAGAUUUUACAGAUGCUAUCAGUGACUAGAGAAUAAUAAUCAUGUUUUAAUAACAACCUUAUCAUCGUGACAAGCCAGGACAGGAAUGAUCUGUCUAGACAAAUAACUGUUAUCCAUAAAAAUACUUCAGUUCAGUUUUCAAGACAAGCUAAGCUGAUAGUUUAUCCACUACGAUGAUCGUCCUGUUUUCCAUUUUAAUACGCACACAAAUAAUAUUAAUGAUGAUGUCAAGUUCAGUAAAACAAGCAAGGUAUCCUGUCCCAACUUAGUCAACAUUUAGCUGACAUGACAGCUUAUUAUGGUUGAAGAUGUUAUAUUCUCAACCUCAUUAAUAAUUCAUAAAAAAGGAAAUUAAUGUUUAAUGAUUGUUUGAAAAUCAGAUGAAAAACUGUCAUUUUUGCAUCUUAAUUUCUCGUUCUAAAAUCAUUCAGGAUUAAACACAGUGUUUCAUCACCAGAUGAAACACCUCGAAGUUCAUCACUCCACUGCACGUCAUAUUUUUAACUCUCUUCUCGGUGUUUCAUCUGGGAAUGAAACACUGCAUUUCCAUUGGGGCAGGCUUUCCAUUGGUGUACUUUGACUGGUCAAAAAUAGUCUGGCUUUUCCUCAACUUUCUUCAAGACAUAAAUAAAAUAAUAUUCCACGAAACUGAAAUUCUUUGUACAUUAAAGUGGAGUUCUGAGACAAUGUUGCGUAUUGCUCCUUUUCUUUGCAUAUACUAAUUGUUUGCUCAGCAAUCUGUACCCACCUAUGCAGGCAUUUUUAAGGCCCAAAGAUACAUUCC